CGGUCCAUGUUGCAUGAGACGAGGAUUGUGCUUGAAAUGUGUUGAAAUAAAUUUUGGCUUUCUCAUAGAUAGGAUCAUACGUUAUCGAGACUUGUAACUGGUAAGAGAGGACUGUCAGCAUCAUGAGCAGUGCAGUGCCAGACAACAUGAACUUCCCCAAGGAGGAAGAGGUCGUUCUUGAACUGUGGAAGAAGUUGGAUGCAUUUCAGACAACAUUGAAGCAGUCGAAAAACAGGCCACGGUACAUGUUUUAUGAUGGGCCUCCCUUUGCCACAGGCUUGCCACAUUAUGGUCAUAUCUUAGCAGGAACCAUAAAGGACAUAGUUACGAGGUGGGCUCACCAGUCAGGUUACCAUGUUGACAGGAGAUUUGGUUGGGAUUGCCAUGGGUUACCAGUGGAGUAUGAGAUAGACAAGACCCUGGGGAUCAAGGGCCCUGAAGAUGUGGCGAAGAUGGGGAUUGCUGCCUACAAUGCGGAGUGCAGGAAAAUUGUGAUGAGGUAUUCCAAAGAAUGGGAGGAAAAUGUCACCAGACUAGGACGAUGGAUUGACUUCCGUAACGACUACAAGACGAUGUACCCCUGGUUCAUGGAGUCCAUAUGGUGGGUGUUCAAGCAGCUCUUUGAGAACGGGAUGGUUUACAGAGGGGUCAAGGUCAUGCCUUUCUCCACCUCCUGUAACACACCGCUGUCAAACUUUGAGGCUGGGCAGAACUAUAAGGACGUCACUGAUCCUGCUGUGAUCAUCUCGUUCCCCCUGGAUGAAGACCCCAGUGUCAGUAUGAUAGGUUGGACCACCACCCCCUGGACACUGCCCAGUAACCUGUCCCUGUGUGUCAACCCAGAGCUGGACUAUGUCAAGGUCAAAGACAAUGAGACUGACAAGGUUUAUAUUAUGAUGGAGGCCAGACUGGAUGCUCUCUUCAAGACACCUCAAGAGUACACCAUUCUGGACAAAUUUAAAGGCAUCACUCUUAAGGGGAAGAAAUAUGAACCGCUGUUCCCCUAUUAUAAGGAGAGAAAAGCAAGAAGAGCCUUCCAGGUCUUGUGUGAUGGCUACGUAACCACAGAGAGCGGCACAGGGGUGGUCCACCAGGCACCUUACUUUGGAGAGGAUGAUUACCGAGUAUGCCUGGCAGCUGGGGUGAUAUCGCGAGAUGAUGAUCUUAUAUGUGCAGUAGACGCCAGUGGCAGGUUUACUCUCCCUGUCACAGACUUCAAUGGCCAGUAUGUAAAGGAUGCAGACAAAAAUAUAAUCCGUUGGCUAAAAGAACAUGGCCGCCUUGUCCAUCAGGGGCAAAUCAAGCAUAGUUAUCCAUUUUGUUGGAGGUCAGAGACCCCCCUGGUGUACAAGGCAGUCCCCAGUUGGUUUGUGAGAGUCCAGAGCAUAUCAGAGAAACUGCUCAAAUGUAAUGAAGACACUUACUGGGUUCCAGAGUUCGUCAAAGAGAAGAGAUUCGCCAAUUGGUUGCGAGAUGCACGUGAUUGGGCGAUCUCCAGGAACCGUUACUGGGGCACACCUAUCCCACUGUGGAUCAGUGACGACGGGGAGGAGGUUGUGUGUGUUGGUUCUAUAGAAGAGCUGACCAAGCUUACUGGGGUGGAGUUGAAAGAUUUACACAGGGAACAUGUGGACCCCCUUACCAUCCCAUCUCGCCGAGGCAAGGGCGUACUGCGCAGAGUUACAGAGGUGUUUGACUGUUGGUUUGAGAGUGGAAGCAUGCCCUAUGCACAGCAGCAUUAUCCUUUUGAGAAGAAAAAGGAAUUUGAGGACUGUUUCCCAGCUGAUUUUAUUGCUGAGGGGAUAGAUCAGACCAGAGGAUGGUUCUACACUCUCCUAGUGCUGAGCACAUCUCUGUUUGGAAAGCCACCUUUCAAGAACCUGAUUGCCAAUGGGCUUGUCUUGGCUGCAGAUGGCCAGAAGAUGAGUAAGAGUAAGAAGAACUAUCCAGACCCCAUGCUGGUGGUCAACAAAUAUGGAGCAGAUGCACUGAGAUUGUAUCUGAUCAACUCACCAGUGGUGAGGGCAGAAAGCCUGCGCUUUAAGGAGGAGGGCGUCCGUGACAUUUUGAAAGAUGUUUUCCUCCCAUGGUUUAAUGCCUACAGGUUCUUAAUGCAGAACGCUGAGAGAUUGGAGAGGGAAGAAGGUGUUCAGUUCCUGUAUAAUGAGAACAAGGUAGAGCUGUCCACAAACUACAUGGAUCACUGGAUUCUCUCCUUCACUCAGUCACUUAUUAAAUAUGUGAGGGAUGAAAUGGCAGCCUAUCAUCUGUAUACUGUUGUCCCAAAGCUGGUGAAGUUUGUGGAACAGCUGACCAACUGGUAUGUCAGGAUGAACAGGAAGAGGCUGAAGGGAGACACAGGACUUCAGGACUGUCACAAGGCCAUAGAGACAUUGUUUGGAGUGUUAUAUGCCAUGGUGAAAGUCAUGGCCCCCUUCAUCCCGUUCCUGACCGAGCACAUGUACCAGAGUCUGAAGAAGCUGAUAGACCCAGAGGCAGUACAGGGCACGGAUACUGACAGUGUCCAUUACCUUAUGUUACCUGUAGCCAGAGAGUCUCUGAUAGACACUAAGGUAGAAACGGCUGUUCAGAGGAUGCAGACAGUGAUAGAGCUUGGCCGCAUCAUCAGAGACAGAAAGACACUGCCUCUUAAGUACCCGCUGAAGGAGGUGGUGGUCAUUCACAAAGAUGACCACGUGUUAGAGGACGUGAGGUCACUCAAGCAGUACAUUCUGGAGGAACUCAAUGUGAAAGAAGUCACAACCACCACAGACAAAGAAAAAUAUGGUGUCCACCUCAGGGCCGAGCCAGACCACAAGACUCUGGGAGCUCGCCUGAAGGGGGCAUUCAAAUCUGUCACCAAGAGCAUCAAGGAACUGACUGAUGCCCAGUUGCAGCAAUUUUUGAAGAUGGGCGAGAUAGUUGUAGAUGGACAUACUCUGGCACAUGAAGAAUUGCGUAUCAUGUACACAUUUGAUGCAGAGAAAGAUGGCACCCCGAGUCACUACGAGGCACACUCAGAUAAUGAUAUCCUGGUUCUGCUGGACAUCAGUCCUGACCAGUCCAUGCUGGACGAAGGAAUAGCCAGGGAGGUCUGCAACCGCAUCCAGAAACUGAGGAAAAAGGCCAAGCUGGUGCCAGCAGACGACAUCACAGUGUACUACAAUGCAACCCCAGCACUUGAAGACAUCAUCAAGAACUUUACGGAAUUUUUAGUCAGCACGCUGAAGAAACCCCUGUUGCCUUACCCCGUCAUGGAGAAUGCUCAGUUGAUAAUACAGGAGACAACGCAGGUGAAGAAUGACACACUGAAGAAUGAAACCCUUGAAAUCUCCAUUGUGAAAGGCAGCUCAGCAGGGGAUGAAAGUGUACUGAGCAAUGGUCCUGCCUGCAGCUAUGUGGACAUCGUUCUCAGUGACCAUGGCAACAAGCAAGCUACAGUUCUGCUAGAAAACCCAAGGGGGCACCACCAGCUAACAACAGAGGAGCUCAAAGAUAGGGUUGGAAUCAUAUACGGUGUUCAAGGAAAACAUGUCUCAUUAUUUCAAGCAAGUAGUGGCAAAGAGGUGGCACGUGGUACAGAUCUGACGACCUUGACCUCCUUGACCUUGAGUGCCUCGUUGUCUGGGAAACCAGGUCAAAUUGAUAACACCCUGGUCAGCAAUGGGUCUGGGCCAGCAUGUCGUUAUGUCAAUGUCCAGCUGGUCAGCCUGGAGCCCAGAGGAGGGGUGACCUGUAAAGUAGGAACUGUACUGCUGGAAAACCCACCAAAGGAAUACCCUCUGGACACUGCAGGCCUUCUGCACCAGGUCCAGGUUCUGUUUGGACUGCAAGGGAAAAAGUUGACAUUUUACUGCACAAAGGACAAGCAGGAUCCAGUAACAGAGAUGUCAAAUCUUGCUUCUCUACAUUCAAAAACUUUAUAUGUAUUUGGAUGAAAUAAACAGGAAUGACACCGUGAAUGACAUAUGUAGAAUGUUUGCCACUUUUGUGAUGAAUAAGAAACACUACCUGCACACCAACACUAGAUUUUUUUUCAUUUUAGGUAAAAAAACAAAAUGAGAAAUCAAUGUCAAACGACGCAAAUUUGUGAAAAAAUGUUUAAGUUUGUGUUAUUAUUCAGCAUACCCACCAAAAAAGUAGGUAGGGGGCUCAAUCAUGAAAUCACAAAUGGACAAUUUGAUAUGCUGAUGGGAAUCAUACAUGCCAAAUAUAAGUUACCAAAUGACAAUUGCAGGUGUUGACAGGAAAAAGUGUGAAGAUCUGAGUAAUGAUACGAUGUUCUGUUGAAACUAAUGAAAUUGUGAAGCCACUGUAAGAAAUGAUGUCAAAAUAAACUAUGAGAAACCUUGAAACAUUUGAAAGCGAUCUUUUUAGCUGUUGGGUUUACUCAAUUGUAAUAUUUUACAACAAUUAUGUCUCAAGUGGACGGCGGAAUGAUUAACAGUUUCGUUAAUUUAAUUCAUCUUCCUGUCGCCAUGAAUUCUACACUAACUGCGGUGUUGUUACUGGGGAU